AACAAAUUUCCCCCUUUUUUUCUUUGCCUUUUCCCCUGCGCAGAGCUAUAAUCCUCUUUACAGUCACAUUACCGCUGAAAUUCUGUUAUUCUCCAAAAUUGAAUCCUUGUUAGUCUUCAGAGUGGGCUUAAAUCGUCAUUAGAUUGAGACUCAAGAAUCUUCAUUAGAUUCAGAGUAAAUAGUUUUCUUUUACUCGCUGAAUAAGUCAAACACUCAUGGCGGGGAAUCGGAGAGUGCCAGAUAAACCCCGGAGCAAAAAAUUGUCGAAACCCGAAAGCCCACCAGCCCGGAAGAAGGUCCGGGAGGAAGCGAGCGGCGGAGACGACGACAGUGAUGAUACGGGUAUGGAGGUUGUGAGUGCGGAAACCUCAUCGUCCUCCUCUUCGUUCCCGUCGUCGGAAUCGAGGUCUGAAGCUGCCGGAGAAGGUAGUGAGCAUUCGUCGGCGGAGGAACGCCGGGAUAGCGGCGAGGAAGAAAUUAGCAGCGGUGCUGAGGAAGGCAGUGAGGAUUCAUCGGCGGAGCAACGCCGGGACAGUGAUGAAGAAACUAGUAACGCCGCGGCGGAGGAGGGUAGUGACAAUUCAUCGGCGGAGCAACGGCAGGAAAGCGAUGAUGAAGAAAUUAGCAACGCUGCAGAGGAGGGUAGUGAGCAUUCAUCGGCGGAGCGAAGCCAGGAUAGCGACGCUGAAGAAAUUAGGUUGCUUUUGGAACGGAAACAAGCUGAAAAGAAAUCGAAGAAGAAUAAUGGAGAAAAAUUAGAUAAGAGGGUAAGUAAUGGUAAAGUUAGCAGGGGAAAGAAAGCGAUCAAUGGGAAUAAUUCGAAGAAGAAAGCAGUGGUCGAAGAGGAGAGCGAUAGGGAAGAUAGGGAAGAAGGGACGGCCUGUAAGUUUCCCAUGAGUAGAAUUUAUAGAAUCAUGAAGGACCUGGAAGGCUGUUCGAAGCUUUCUCAGGAGGCUAUUUUCUUGACCAAUAAAGCUUCGGAGAAAUUUCUCGAGCUCUACAGCAGGGAAGCUUAUGCAAGUGCUUAUCUUGAUCGUAAAAGUCAGAUUUCUUAUGACCAUCUAGGUAAGCUCUUUUGUUAUUGAAUCUUAUGGUCACUUUAGAAUUUUAGAUAUUAUUCAAGUACUAAAUGCCAUGAAUACCUUUUUAUGCUUUUUUCUGAAUAUUUGUAAAUACUUGAGAUCUUUUAACUUUUCUGUAAAGCUUGGUUUUAGAAUGAUUCUGAUUGCAGGUAGUUGAUAAAUAUUGGUCGAAAUCAUAACUGUUAAUUCUAGGAUCUUUCAUGUAGAUUUUGGUAUAAUGGAGCUUUUUUUUCUCUUCUGUCAUCCAAUCUUUCAUGCACCAAAUAACUUGUUAGCUUUCUGAAUAUUAAUAAUUCUUUAAGCUCUUGAAUACUGGUAAGAAGUCAGAUAUGUUUUUGAGAUUCUACUGAUGUCAUCAGUUCCUGACCCCUUAUUUGAGAGUAUGCAUUUUUUUCUUUUGGAGCUCUCAUAGAAUGUUAGUCUUGUUCAAUUGGUCGGCUUCUGAACUAUGCAAAUCAAAGUACGUCUAUGAUUGAUAAGCUCACUUUUCCUUUAUUAGAUUAUGGACUCUUUGGUUUUCAAAUUAUUACUAGUUUAAAGCCUCAAGUCUUGACUUCUGAUCCAUUUUGAUGCAUCUGGCGGUGGCAUAAGCAUGUGAUAUCUAGCUCUGAUAUUGCUUGUUUGUUCAUUUCAGCUUCAGUCGUGUCAAAAAGGGAGAGAUUCAGCUUUCUGUCGGGUAUCUUUCAAUACUUUUUAGUCAACCUACUAGGCUUCAGUUAUCUCUGUCUUUUUGGUUGCAUAACUACUUUGUAUGUGUUUAGAUAUUGUUCCGGAGAAAGUUAAAGCCGAGGAUGCUUUGGCGGACUUGCCAGCUGAUGAUGAUUGAGCUUGCAAGAAUUGAUUGGAUCGUAGCAUCUUGGUUGGCUGAUUUACAGUUGAUCAACAAAGUAUGAGCAGUGAUUUAGACAUUUUUUCAUUUAAACUGGAGAUUGCAGCAAUUGUUGAGUUAGAAUGGAUCGGUAGGAGGGAAAAUUUUCGGCCUCGGUUGCCACAGAUAGUGUAAGCCUUCCAUUGAUAUUUAGGUCAUUAGAACAGGAUUCCUUUUAGGUCACUAAUUUGAACCUGAGAUUCUAUAAUUUCUACCCAGUCUAACUAUGAACAUAGAUAUCCGAAUUCUCUGAACUUCAUUCCAUGUGCAUAACAUUGUUGCAAUGGCUACGACCUCCUAAUCAAC